AUGUCUCAAAUACGAGUCUUGUGCAUGAGCUUAUUCACGGGCUUGGUGUCCUCGCAAUCAACCUCUUUUGAUCCAUGCGCAUACGCACCAGAGGAUGUACUGGUACGGGACGUCAUUGUGAUAGGUGGAGGGGCCUCCGGAACGUAUGGCGCGAUUGCACUGAAAGAUAUGGGCAGAAGCGUUGCAGUAGUAGAGAAGAAUCCGCACUUUGGUGGACAUGUGAAUACAUACACUGAUCCUGAGACUGGACUUGCGUUGGACUUUGGAGUACAAGGAUAUGGCAAUGAUAGCAUUACCCGAGCUUUCUUCUCCAGAUUCGAUAUUCCGCUCAUUCCCUUGAGUGAAGGAGAUGGGCAGAUCACGGUAGAUUUUGGCACAGGAGAGAACGUGACCACUUUAGUGGCAGGUUCUAGCAUGGUCACCUACAGCGAGCAGACCAACAUGUACUACCCAGAACCAGCACUCGGUUUACACCUACCUCAACCUGUACCGGAGGACCUCUUGCUUCCCUUUAGAGACUUUGUCACCAAGUAUUCGAUUCAAAAUGCAUCAUACACCAUUUGGAGAUAUACCAGUCCUGGAAAAAACCUUCUUGACCAGCUUACAUUAUACGUCAUACUAGGCUGUAACGCAGCCUCUACACCAUUGCUUGGUGGUCAAGGUUCUGAUGUGAUGACGAGAAAUAAUUCCGAGUUGUUUGGAAAAGCAGAAGAAGAAGUAGGAAGCAACGCCUUGCUAAGUUCUCAAGUCAUUGCAGCAAUUCGGUCCAAUGAUAGCGUUUCGCUCGUGGUGCAGACUCCAACGACGAAGAAACUGAUACUCGCAUCCCAAAUACUUUUCAGUGCACCAAUCGUGCUAGACAAUCUCAAUACUUUCGACCUUGAUACUACAGAAUAUGCCCUCUUUUCGCAAGUCUACUAUUCGUGUUGGUACACUGCCGUGGUGACUGAUACAGGAUUACAACCUGGCUAUGUUUAUGAAAAUGCUGCCAGCGACACGCUAUACAAUAUUCCUAUAGAGCCAUACACAUUCCGAAUUGGGAUAACUCGAGUGAGCACCAUAUAUACUGCUUACUACGGCUCUAUGGAAGACUUGCCCGAAAGUGAAGUCAAGGCAAGGAUAGCAGAGAACAUCCAAAUUAUAUCUGGUAAUUCAAGCAUUCCACGCUUUUUGGAUUUUGCAAGUCAUGUUCCAUUCAAGCAGCAAGUUCCCGCCACAGCCGUUGUGAAUGGUUUCUACAAUCAGCUCAAUAAUCUUCAAGGUUAUCGUGGUAUGCAUUAUACAGGAAAUGCAUUGGAUGCGUCCGGAUCAAGCAGCUUGUUUAAUUUUACUCUGCAUUUGUUGCCAAACAUUAACCAAGGCAUUGAUGCUCAUCCAGUUGACCCAACUAGAGGAAUCUGCAACAACGCUGAGGGGACUGAUGAUACUACACUAGAGACCCCGGAAGAUACUACCAGGAUCUAUUAGCGCAUCUCAAAGGAGGAAAAUGUCUCUCUGGAGAUCCUAAUGUUGCUUUCAUGCCGCGGAAUAGUUCAAGUACACUGGGUGGUAGAAUCACAAUCGAUUUACUAUAUCAAUAUCUGUCCAUUUAAAAGAGUGCUAUUGCUCAGCACGGAUUGCUGCUCUUGGCUUGUUCCAUAUAAUUCAGUCCCACGGAGAUUUACGUUCACUAUCUACUCUUCCUCA